AUGAUCUUUCACACUGGAGAUGGACCUUAUAAAAGUAAGGAAUGUGAGAAAGUGUUCAUUUCUUCCAGUGCGUUUCAAGUACAUGAAAGGAGUCACAGUGGAGAGAAACCCUAUGAAUGUAAAGAAUUAUGUCCCCUCCUAGGACUUUCUGAGAAGCCAGAGAUUCAAUGUGUUUUCUUUGGGCUGUUCCUGUCUUUGUACCUGGUUACUGUUUUGGGGAUCAUCCUGGCCAUCAUUUCAGACUCCCACCUUCACACACCCAUAUACUUCUUCCUCUCCAACCUGUCCUAUUCUGACAUCUGUUUCACCUCCACCACCAUCCCAAAGAUGCUCCUGAACAUCCAGGUGCAGAGCAAAGUCAUUAGCUACGCAGGCUGCAUCAUGCAGGUAUUUUUUUUCACAGGUUUUGGACUUUUGGACAAUUUACUCCUGACUGUGAUGGCCCAUGACCGUUUCGUGGCCAUCUGCCACCCGUUGCACUACACAGUCAUUAUGAACCCCCGCUUCUGUGCCCAGUUACUCCGCCUGACCUGGCCUAUCAGUGUUCUUGGGGCCCUGCCUGAGAGUUUAACCAUGUUGUCGCUUUCUUUCUGUGCAGUCACUGAAAUCCUGCAGUAUUUAUGUGAACUCCCUGAGGUCCUCAAGCUCGCCUGCUCUGACACUUUCAUCAAUAACAUUGUAUUAUAUAUUGUAACAGGCACUACGGGCUUUUCUCCUCUCACUGGGAUCCUUUUUUCUUAUUCUCAAAUCGUUUCUUGUGUACUGAGGAUCUCAGCAGGAGGGAAGUAUAGCGUGUUUUCCACCUGUGCGUCUCACCUCUCAGUUGUCUCCUUGUUCUGUGGGACCUGCCUGGGGGUCUGCCUCAGUUCCACAUGGACACACGCCUCUCAGACAUGGGUGUUUGCCUCAGUCCUGUACACUGUGAUCACUCCCGUGAUGAACCCCGUCAUCUACAGCCUGAGGAGCAGGGUCAUGAAGAGGGCCUUUAGAAAGCCUGACUACAGCGUGUCAUCUUCCCAAGACAAGAGCAAAGACUCUGUGCCUGGACAAGUGUGA